AGGAAGCCGUCAUCGAGUACAUCAAUCGAGCCAAGAGCUACAACGACGAUUUGGCCGCAAUGGGAGCUGAGGAGAACGAAAAGGCAAUGAUGGGUUACAUUGUCAACGGGCUCUCGAAGGAGUGGGCAUCAGAUCGACCUGCGUUGAUUUGCAAUCCACCUGCAAAUAUGACGAAGCUUCUGGAGAUGCUGCAAGCCUUGGCGAUAUCCAAGGAGGAUGUGACACGACGGGAGAAAGCGGCCCAAGGAGAAAAUGGGGCUGCGGGUGUGGAGCAGGAGAAGCCUGCAAUGGUGAAUGCAGUCGCUGCAGGGAGAGGCAUGGGUGCAUGCUUCCACUGCGGCAAGAUGAGGCAAUGCCCUUGAGGCUAUUUGCACAAGUAUUUUCU